AUGUCUCAGUUCACUGGGUUCUCGUGGACAACCCCCCGCGAUUUCAUCAAGAGCUGUCGUGAGGAAAGCCCACGCUCGAAGUACAUCAAUGACCUUGUGGAGCGUAUAAAGUCCGAGGUAGGGAGUGGAACAACAGUUCUUUUACAAGAAACUCUCAAAACUUAUAUUCAUCCUGACAACUUGGAUCUGGCUCUGACCACCGUCAAUCUCUUCAGCAACUGGAAGAGACUUCACGAGUUUCUUGAGUUGGCGGAUCAAUCAAUCAAGCAGAACUUUACUGGGAUAGAAUGUUUCCCCUGUUCAACGCGGAAAGCUCAGAAAGUGCGGUUCCCUUCAUUACUAACAUGCUCCGCCGUCGAAUACUUCUUUGCUAGAGUCCAGCGAGCAUUUUGGCUCCACGAGUUCGCGCUGCGAAGGCGAUUUCUCGAAGUUGGAUGGAGUACCAACCAGAUCCAGAUCCCAGGAGAUAGAAAUCCCGCCCAUAUUCUCCAAGGGUUUUUGCAACGCCCAGAUGAUGUCGACAUAGGGCGUUUCUUAGGUGCGGUUCAAUCGCAGCGGUUCGUAGGAACUAUGCUUGACCACGGAAUCGAGGAUGAUGGUCGACGCUUGUUCCUCUUGGAAUUCAGGGAUCAACUUUCUGCCUUCCCAGUAGCGACGAGAAGUACUCCAUGCAACUGCUGUUCCAGAUUGCCGCUGUCAACACCCAAUCGAGGCUUUUCUGGAGAAGAUACGAUUUUCAAUCCCCAUUUUGGCAUGAUGGCUGGUUUGAGAAAUAUCCUGUCUCUGGCUCAAUCGAGCACUUCUCACUUGGCAUCGACUAUUCCCGCCUUGAGAGGGAGCAAGAACGUCAACGGGAAUUAUAGGAGUAAGAAGCUCAAGUUGCCGCACUUGUAGAUCUUUUUCCAGCACUGAGCCUCGAUG